AUGAGCACGGGGCGCCAAGAAGUGGCUGAGGACAUCGUCGGGAGAGCCUCUGCAUACAUUCCAGCCUUUACAGACGUCUUCACGGAGGAGGGUUUUUACAUAUUCUUCUGUAGUCUCACUCUCACCACAUUUGGUGUUGUCUUCUUCCUCGCGUGGCAUUUCAAUGUCACCGUGACUGAUUCCGGUGAUUUCACAACCAAGGCCCGUCUUAAAAGGAUGCAGCGAAAAAACAGGAAGGCGUCGACUAAGCUACCUAAGGCUCUUGCGUUUCUGAGAAGGGGAACUGUCUCUUUUUUCAUCAUGGCCAGUAUGCUGUUCUUACCUACCCGGUGCUUAUCCAACCACAAGUGCAAUAUUUUAGCUAAUAUUUAA